GACAAAUCUGGCUUCCCACUGAUCUCUGAACAGGAUAUUUACCCUCCAACCGACUCUUUACCCCGAUACAUCACCUCCACCAGCUCCAACCUGCGACUAUGUGUAAAGGACUAGCAUCGCUGCCCACCUGCUGCUUGGAAAGAGCCAAGGAGCUGAAAGCAAGGCUGGGAAACGUUCUGCUAAAACCCAACUGGAAUCUAUCCUGCUGCAAGAUAGGGAAAAACAAGCCAACACUGGAGGAAUGCCUCAAGUGGAGAGAAUCUUUUGAAAAACUCAUCUCCAGCAAAUAUGGACUGUGUGCCUUCACAGCCUUCCUGGUGUCUGAGUUCAGCGAGGAGAACAUUGCGUUCUACUUUGCCUGCGAGGAUUACAGGAACACCAAGUCUGUCACCAAACUGUCGGCCAAAGCCCAAAAGAUCUAUGACGAGUUCAUCGGUAGUGACGCUCCCAGAGAGGUUAACAUCGACCAUGAAACACGUGACAUCACCAAAGCCAACAUGCUGGUCCCCUCGUCCACUUGCUUCGACAUGGCCCAGCACAAGAUCUACAUGCUCAUGGCCAAAGACUGCUACCCUCGCUUCCUGCGCUCUCCCGCCUACAGGGAUCUAGUGUGCCAAGCCAAAGCCAAGGCCACAAAGCAGCCCCGGCAGGAGAAGGCGGCGUGAAGCAGAACCUCCCCAGAUGAAGAGCCGAUGAAAGAUUGUUAGUUGGUCGCCUUACGAGGGUCGAGCAGGCAAGCAAAACAUGUUGGGUGCUGCACCGUGAAGCCGGAUGCUGAUGCAGACAUCGAGGCCGUCGUGAGAGCGGCGGCGGAUUCUGCAGAUGCUGCCUCUCUGUGAAGAUGAGGACGGACGGAGCAGGAAAGGAAAAACAGCGAAAGAUGGAGGUUGAUGCCUUAAAUCAGACUGUUGGUGUGAAAAGGACGAAGUCUGGAAACUCAAAGUGGAGAGACGGAAACAGACUGAGUGAGAAUCAAACAGGAGGAGUGGGACUUUUCUUUGCCACUUGGCAAACUUUUGCCGUUGUGAUGUGCAAUGUCCUUAUGUGAAACCCAUACACUGUUUGUGAGCAGGCAUGUUGGGUACUUCAUUAACUUGUGUUUAUUGGCUUGAAAUGUAUUUGUUGCAUUUUUACCAAGCAAAGAGUGAAAACAAAUGUGCAAUUUAAUUUAUAAUAUUUUGCUAUUUAUAUCACUGUUGUCUUUUUUUUUUUUACAU